GCAAACGGGUUUCAGUUGAGUUUGGGGUCUCAAAGGCGACGAUACACGACAUUCGAUUCGAGACAGACCGCGAUGAUGACUAAUUCCCUGAUUAUGGCCGUCUUUUUGGCCACUUUGUGCCUGGGCAUAGGCCAAAUCCAAGGAGCCUCCAUUGUAUGCGGCUCCGCGGAGACGAAGUCUCUGGAGGAUUCGGAGGCGGCGACCACGCCCAGUCCCAGCGAGGUCAACAAGUUCGUCCACAGUCUGCAAUGCACUCUGGAGAAGGCCAAGCCCUGGAUAGCCAACAUCGAGAAGGAGGCCAAGAUUCUGGAGGAGAAGGCGCGCGAUGUCACCAGAUCGCUUUUCCAGCGCAUCAACAUGCUGGUCAAUGUGCUGGCCUUGCCUUCAAACUCCGAAAAGGAUAAGGAUAAGAAUAAGGAUAAGGAACCAGAGGACGUCCAAUCCUCCACAGAGGGAUCUUCCACUUCGGGGGCUUCUAGCUCUAGUGUCAGUUCAAAAAACGAUCUUAAGGAGGAGCUGCUGACCACUACUUCGCAACCAAUUCACAUGGACUGGCUGGAGGAUCAGGCCAACGAGGUGGACUACAUACCCGAGAAGAGCCAGUAGUGUACAUAGAUAAGCCAUAUGCCUAAAAAUAUUUAUAUUAAUUAAUAAAGAUGUUUGCUCUUACUGGAAAGUAAGCCAAUCCUAUACAGACAAAAAACUAGUGCAAAUCCAUAAAAAAGUGGGUAAUUUGCAAUGUGAUAUUUGCAAGUUUCAAGACCACAUCAAUACGAAAUUUCAUCAAAACAAUCAUUUUUUCUUAUCAUUUUAUUGUUCCUGUUAAUUUUA